UUGGUGCCGCGGUUGCUGAGAAAUUUACCUGCUCCUCGCGUUUUAUCAUCAAUUUUUUCAAGAAAAACCCGCACAAUGGCUGAUUCGAGCGCGGAAAGCGGUACCACAGCGGCCCCCGCUACGGCGACGACCGAAAACUGGGUUAAGAAAGCGGAAGAUCAAGAAAUAUCAACUUUGGUUGGAGGGUUGAAUAUUGAAAAAAAGGACAAAGAGAAUGGCGCCGGCGGUGAAGCAGCGGCUACCACCCAGCCAGCGGCGGGAAGUGCAGAAAAUGGAUCACACGCAGCGGCGGCACCAACCGGCGCAUCAGCCCCAGCCGCGGGAGCGGCACCGCCCGGAGCGAGUGGAGAGGAAAUUGAAACCGUAAAUCCGGCUGAUGCCAGUUUGUUAAUGAAGAUCAUCCGCAAGGGUCUGGUAGAGUCAAAACUGGAUCUCGAGGUGCAGCGCAAAGAUCCGUCGUCGCCGUUACAUUCCGUGAAAUCGUUCGAGGCGCUACAUCUGAAGCCGGAGCUGCUGCAGGGCGUAUAUGCGAUGGGUUUCAACGCACCUUCGAAGAUCCAAGAGACGGCGCUACCCACACUAUUGGCCGAUCCACCACAGAACAUGAUCGCCCAGAGUCAGUCGGGAACUGGCAAGACAGCGGCGUUCGUUCUUGCAAUGAUCAGCCGGGUUGAUCCGCGCAAAAACUACCCGCAGGUGAUCUGCCUCUCGCCCACGUAUGAACUCGCGAUACAGACGGGUGAAGUGGCGGCCAAAAUGUCCAAGUUUUGUCGCGACGUCCGGCUACGGUUCGCUGUGCGAGGUGAGGACGUUGCAAAGGGUGAGCGGCUUACCGAUCACAUCAUCAUCGGUACGCCCGGGAAGCUGAUGGACUGGGGAAUCAAGUUCCGAGCCUUCGAUCUGCGCAAGAUUUCGGUAUUCGUAUUGGACGAGGCGGACGUGAUGAUUGCGACACAGGGCCAUCAGGAUCAGUGCAUCCGCAUUCACAAGCAGCUGCCGUCCACAUGCCAGAUGAUGUUCUUCUCAGCCACCUACGAGAAGGAGGUGAUGGAGUUUGCCGAAUACAUCGUCCCGAACCCGAUCAUCAUCCGGUUGGCGCGCGAACAGGAAUCACUGGACAACAUCAAGCAGUACUAUGUAAAGUGCCGUGAUCAGAACGAAAAGUAUCAAGCGAUUUCCAACAUCUACGGUGUGAUAACGGUUGGCCAAGCCAUCAUUUUCUGUCAUACUCGCAAAACUGCCGGCUGGUUGGCGGAACGAAUGUCCAAGGAUGGUCACUCGGUGGCAGUGCUCUCUGGUGAGCUGACUGUCGAUCAACGGCUGGCUGUGCUGGAUCGGUUCCGUGCUGGCCUAGAGAAAGUACUAAUUACCACCAAUGUCCUCUCGAGAGGCAUUGACGUGGCGCAGGUAACGAUCGUGGUGAACUUCGAUUUACCAAUGGACCAGAAUGGUCGUGCAGACUGUGAAACAUAUCUGCAUCGUAUCGGUCGUACCGGUCGCUUUGGCAAGAGCGGUAUCGCUAUUAAUCUCGUCGAGGGUGAGCACAACAUGAAGAUUUGCAAAACUAUUGAGCAACAUUUCCAGAAAAAGAUCCACCUGCUGGAUGCGGAAAAUUCGGACGAGAUCGAAAAAAUCGGCUCCUAAAGAAACGACCACUACCUUUUCCUUCCUUUUCCCGCUACGCCGUGCUCUCACUUGUUCGAUAUUCAUUGCCUGCUUGGACUCUUUAAACUUAGUAAACGGAACACUUUGCUUAACAGGCGUCUAAAGCAUACGAGAUUAAUUAUGGUGCGCGUGUGAUCCGUUAAAACCAACAGGCGGCUGUUGUAAGAGCCAGUAGGCGUAGUAGCUAUUCAACGACUUCCCAAGAGGACAUCAUGAAGUAAACCUAUGAAUUAAUGGACAUCCACUAAAGUAAAAUAAAGUUCUGUUUUAUUUAAGAAGGCGA